GGAAUCCCGCGCAACUCUGGGCUACGGUGCGCUGGAGCCACAAUGGCGGGAGUCCUGCGCUGCAGUUCCCAGUAACCUUCCCUGGUAGGGAGCUCGGGGGAGGGAGACCACCGCAUAUUACGCGCUAAUACUUUUCUUCCCGAGGCGAGCGGGUGCGUGUGCGUGUGCGUGUGCGGGGCAGGAGCGUGUGGAAGAGGCCGCUGAGGUGCUGGAUUCCCCCGCUGGAAUGUUCCUGAUCCCAGUUUCCUUGCGGUGAAGGAUGGGAGUCCUGACGGUUCAGCCGCCUGGUGUGUGUGAGACCGGAUGAAGCUGAGACAGCAGAGAUCUGAACACUUUUCUGGAGAACUUCUGAAGAGGACCUAGGUGCAGGUUCACACUGCACACGAGACAGUGGAGCUUCAUCACCCAUGGAGAAUUACUUCCAGGCUGAGGCCUUCAACCUCGACAAAGUGCUGGACGAGUUCGAGCAGAACGAAGAUGAAACUGAUACCCCGGCGCUUACCGGUGCCAAGUGGACGCAGAUUCUCGCUCCACCGGCUCACCUGUUGUCCCUGAACCCCGCCUUGACUCAUUCUGAUACACGAGACGGCCCCCUCAACUUCAAACCUCUGCUCCAACCUUUGAGUUCCUGCAGCUCCUCCGUGGUGGAAGUGACCGCGCCUGAAGGGAAGCAGGAACCUGAAACGUGGAGUGAAGAAAGGCUGGCGGAUAUCCACAGCCCUCCUUUGCUCCAGCCCAACAUCGGCAAGCUGGUCAGCGCUGACGGCCAAGCGCUGGAUUCUCCUCCUGCCACCAGGGCGGUAACGGAGAACGGGUGUCCACCAGAGUUAGGAUGUAAUGGGGUCAGUGAGGUUCCUCAACUGAGAGAUGAUCGAGAUCCUACUCCCAUUGAUCUGCCCAGUGUCCUGGACUCUAGACAAAGGCAGCAGGAGAAUGAUGUUCCUGAGCAGGACAUCACCUGUUUAAAUGAUGCCAGUUUUUCAAAUCCUGAGGAAGGUCUUGGACAGGGAGUCUCCGAGUUGAACAAUGGCGCUUUGUUGGUUGCAAUGGAGUUUGAGGGCAUCAAGGAAACGAGCGGAACGGAUUAUCAUGUUGCUGUUCCAAGCAGGGGCGGUUCUGAGAAAGGAGAGAAUGUUCCACAGGAACCUGGUGGUGGCACUCAGGAACUUGUAGUCGACCCAGAGUGUCAUAGCUCUGGUACCAUUCCGAAUGGUACUCUUCUCAGGACAGAAAGCUUUGAGCAGGAAAAAAUAGUUUCAAACAAGAAAGAAAUGACGACUCAGGAUCUGGUCGUCGAAUCCCCACGGAACGAAAGAUCUCAUCCCAGUGGACUGGGUGAAGAAAGCAGUAGAGAUCUGCAGGUCCAUCCUACUCCUGCGCUUUUAAAGGAAGACUCGAUAACUGAGGAGAAGGAGAUGGAGGAGAGCAAACAGGAAUGCUGCGAGCCUAACCGAAGCUCAGAGACGAGCUCUAAACUCAACAACGGACGGCUGCAGCUGGUGAGCGUUCCCUACGGUGGUGCACGGCCCAAACAGCCCGUCCACCUGAAGCUGCAGAUUCCUCGAUCCUUCUCAGGACAAGUCCGAAACGAACUUGGUUCCACUGGCAGGAACAAAAACUUGGAGGCUCAGUGCAGGGCAGGUGAACUCGAGUCGUCUUGCGGUUCUGUGGAAUCUAGAGCCACGCGAGUCAACGGCGAGAACGGAGAGGGUUCCUUCGGCGUGAACGUCCCCUCGGAGAACCCUGAUAACGAUCUCCAGGCAGGUCAGCAAGGAGGCCUCACGAGGAAGCCGUUCAACUCACUUGGAGAAGUGGCUCCUGUAUGGGUGCCGGAUUCACAAGCACCCAUCUGCAUGAAGUGCGAAGUCAAAUUCACCUACAAGAGAAGACACCACUGUCGGGCCUGUGGCAAGGUUUUCUGUGCUGCGUGCUGCAGUCUGAAGUGCAGGCUGAUGUACAUGGACAGGAAGGAGGCACGUGUCUGUGUGACGUGUCAUCACACUUUAACUAAUGCUCAGGCGUGUGAGAAUCCAGGGAGCAGCUCAAGUCAGAGUCCGAACCCCAACAACCCGUCGGAAUACUGCUCCACCAUCCCCCCUCUCCAGCAGGCCCAAGCGUCUGGCGCCCUCAGCUCUCCACCUCCAACUGUCAUGGUGCCUGUCGGAGUCCUCAAACAGCCAGGAGCUGAGGGUGCUCUGUCUCGUGAGCAGAGGAGAGUUUGGUUCGCUGAUGGUAUUUUACCCAACGGAGAAACCACAGACUCCUCUAAAGGACCUGCUCCGGACCUGAACCCAAACCCCACCCAACCUCCAGCUGUGUCCCAAGUCUCCAACAAAUCCACAACCAGAGCUCACGAGGCGGCUCACACUCCUGGAGCUCCGGUGGGAAGCUCGGUCUGUCUGAUCCCAGAGGACGGACUUCCUCCCAUCCUCAUCUCCACUGGAGUUAAAGGAGAUUACGCGGUGGAGGAGAAGCCAUCAGAGGUCCUGCUCCUUCAGCAGCUGGAGGAAGGAGGUCCUGAGCCGCUGGUGUUCGUGCUGAACGCUAACCUUCUAGCCAUGGUGAAGCUCGUCAACUACGUAAACAGGAAGUGCUGGUACGUGAUGUCGAAGGGCAUGCACGCCGUGGGCCAGGCCGAGGUGGUGGUGCUGCUGCAGUGCCUCCCUGAUGAGAAGAACAUCCCGAAAGACAUCUUCAACCAUUUUGUGCAGCUUUAUCAGGAAGCUCUCGCAGGAAACGUGUUGAGCCACCUGAGCCACUCGUUCUUCACGCAGAGUUUCCUGGGCAGUAAGGAACAUGGUGGGUUCCUCUACAUCACCCCGACCUUCCAGUCUCUCCAGGACCUCCUGCUGCCCAACGCGCCCUUCCUGUUCGGGAUCUUGGUGCAGAAGUGGGAGACGCCGUGGGCCAAAGUGUUUCCCAUCCGCCUGAUGCUGCGCCUCGGAGCCGAGUACCGCUUUUAUCCCUGUCCUCUGUUUAGCGUUCGCUUCAGAAAGCCUCUUUUUGGAGAAACCGGUCACACCAUCAUCAACCUUUUGGCGGACUUUAGGAAUUAUCAGUACACAUUGCCGGUGGUCAGGGGUCUGGUGGUGGACAUGGAAGUGAGAAAAACCUCCAUUAAAAUCCCCAGCAACCGCUAUAACGAGCUCAUGAAGGCCAUGAACAAGUCUAACGAGCAUGUGUUGGCGAUGGGGGCGUGUUUUAACGAGCGGGCCGACUCGCACCUGGUGUGUGUGCAGAACGACGAUGGGAACUAUCAAACGCAGGCCAUCAGCAUCCAUCACCAACCUCGCAAAGUAACAGGAGCCAGUUUCUUCGUCUUCAGUGGCGCUCUGAAGGCCUCGUCCGGGUUUCUGGCCAAAACCAGUAUUGUUGAAGAUGGCGUGAUGGUGCAGAUCACGGCGGAGACGAUGGAGACCCUGCGCCAGGCUCUGAGAGAGAUGAAGGAUUUCACCAUCGUGUGCGGGAAAGCAGAUCAGGAGGAGACGCAGGAGAGCGUUCACAUCCAGUGGACAGAGGACGACCUGAACUUCAACAAGGGGGUGAUCAGUCCGAUCGAUGGAAAAUCAAUGGAGUCUAUAACGAGUGUGAAGAUCUUCCACGGGUCGGAGUUUAAAGCCAACGGGAAAGUGAUCCGCUGGACCGAGGUGUUUUUCCUCCAGAGUGAGGACCAGCCUAACGGAGACCCGGCGGAUCACAGCCGGCUGACGGAGAACGUAGCAAGAGCCUUCUGCGUGGCGCUUUGUCCUCAUCUGAAACUUCUAAAGGAGGACGGCAUGGCCAAGCUGGGGCUCCGUGUCACACUAGACUCAGAUCAGGUGGGUUACCUGGCAGGUAGUAACGGUCAGCCCUUGCUCCCUCAGUACCUGAGUGAUUUGGACAGUGCCCUGAUCCCGGUAAUCCACAGUGGGGCGUGUCAGCUCAGCGAGGGUCCCGUCAUCAUGGAGCUCAUCUUCUACAUCCUGGAGAUCAUCUCUUAACCGAAGUUCUCCUUCUGAAAUUUAAAUCGACCUCAUCUCUCUCUCUCUCUCUUUCUCUCUCUCUUUCUCUCUCUCUCUCUCACUUGCACUUCAAUGAACCCGAAUGCUGAAGAGGAAGCAUCAGCAUCGUCAUCAGCAGCAGCGUUCCAGCAGAUCACCUAUGCACCAUUUUUACACGCGAACCAUCUCCGAACAUCUCCACAUCUCCGGAGCCCAACACGGGUUCCAACGAUCUCAGAAUUUUGGUGCUUUUUUUUUUUUCUUCUUUUCUUUUUCCUCCACUGUGGAAAUCUUAAAAAAUGCUGCUUGGGGAAAAAAAGAGAGAAGAGAAAAACGAUGGAGGGAUCGGAGCCCAAACGCUGUUUGUACAGAAAAGCAGAAAAUGUUACAUUUCUUUUGAUAACCAAUGAAACGGAGAGGAUUUGGGAUUGACCUCUCCAAACUUCCAAAAAUGAUUUCAUACAGAAAAGUAUUUAACACUUAAGAGUAGAUGUUUGUAUAUAAAUCCAGCACUGAGUUCGACAGGAUUUCCAGCUAAAUGAGCUAAAAUGCUACCUGCUAGCGAGUUAAAGGGGCGGUCCGUCACGUUUUAAAAAAAAUAAAAGGAAGAAAAUUCAA